AUGCAACCUUUUCUCUUUCUCCUUUUUUUGGUGAUCUACGUUGUGACUGUUAUUUGCAACAUCCUCAUUUUUGUUUUAGUGGUGGCUGAUCGGCACUUCCACAAACCCAUGUACUUCUUCCUGUGCAACUUGCCCUGCUUGGAGACCUGCUACAGCUCUACCAUCCUGCCCAGGAUGUUGUCCAGCUUUCUGACUGGGGACAAGAGCAUUUCUAUUGGCGGCUGCAUCACACAAUUUUAUUUCUUUGGCUCCCUAGCAGUCACUGAAAGCUUUCUUUUAUCAGUGAUGUCCUAUGAUCGGUAUUUAGCUGUAUGCCAACCCUUUCACUACAGAGCUGUCAUGAAUAGCAGAUGCUGCCUCCAACUUGUAGCUUGGUCUUGGAUGAAUGGUUGCCUUGUUAUGGCCAUAAGCUGCUUCCUGAUUUCACAACAUUCCUUCUGCGGUCCCAAGUUUAUUGAUCAUUUCUUUUGUGAUUUCACUCCAGUGAUAAAACUCUCCUGCUGUGACACCAGCCUGACUGAGAUGUUGGUGUUCAUCCUCUCAUGGGUAUGUGCACUACCCCCUUUCAUACUGACCCUAGUGUCCUACGUGUGUAUCAUCACCACUGUCCUAAGAAUGUCUUCCACCACUGGGAUGCAAAAAGCUUUUUCCACCUGCUUUUCCCACCUCAUUGUUAUUACAGUUUUUUAUGGAAGCUUAAUAAUUGUUUAUGUUCUGCCAAAAACUAGGACUCUAAGUGCACUGAAUAAAUUCUUCUCAGUUUUCUACACUGUUGUGACUCCACUGCUCAACCCACUCAUCUACAGUCUGAGAAAUAGAGAGGUGAAGGAUGCUCUGAGUAGAGUCAUCAAGAAAUGUGAAUAUAUCCUAAACGUUAGAUAG